GUGUGUUAGUACAUUGUGUGUUUUUGUCUCUGUGGUUCUUUUUGUAUCAUGCCUAUCAUACACAUUGUAUCACACGCCUGCACUGUGUCGUGUGCUAAUACACUGUACACGCGGGGUAAUUCAUGUCUGAUUUAUAUACAAUGAAAAAUAUAUAUAUCUCUUUCCUUGGAAAGCACGAUGUUUGGCGAUACUGGAUCACGGAACAGCCUGUCCUUAGAUCUAGAUAUGAGUUGGGGUAUUGUGCUUCGAGCAUACCGCUGCCUGACGACUGAGGGAGAGGAGGAUUCUGGGAGCAAGAAUCCACUGCAGGAGUGGGGAGAGGAGGUGGAAGACGGGGCAAUUUACGGAGUGACCCUGAGGAGGGUGAGGACCGAAACCCCCGCUGGAGAAAGCCUGGCCGUACCUUGUUCUCCUGGUUAUGUGCAUUACAAGACCUGUAAGGUUCGAAGUCUCCGAGCUGGAACUCUGCAGAAGCUGGUGGAGAACCUACUGGUGGAAUAUCAGGGCAAUGACUCUGGGUACGUGCCCAUCUUCCUGAGCACAUACCGGUCCUUCACCUCUUCUGAGAAGGUCCUGGAGCUUCUGCUGGACAGGCAUCUGGAAAGAGUGGGUGAUGAAGAAAGUCUUCCCCCAGGAAGCCCGGUACCGGACACUUUAUCUGUCCAGAGGGCCAUCCGAGGUAUUCUUCAAACCUGGUUAGAGAGACAUCCUCAGGAUUUCCGAGAUGCCCCCGAUUGCCUAGAAUUGAUCUCCGACUACCUGAGCCGUGACUGUCGAGAGACGCCCAGCCCUCUGGUCCGCCUUCUACAAAGUUUACAAGAAGAAGGCCAACAGACCCAAGCCCAGCAGGAGUGUAAGCCCACCACCCCACCUGCAGAGGGAGACGCAGAGACCCCCGGAAACACCCCAACGUUACUGUCAUAUCCACCACAAGAUGUAGCCGAACAACUUACCCUUAUGGAUGUGGAUCUCUUCCAGAGGUUGCAGUCCUGUCACUGUCUCGGAAGCAUAUGGUCUCAGCGCGACAAAAAGGAGAACAGACACGUGGCCCCGAGUGUUAGGGCCACCGUGGCCCAGUUCAAUGCGGUGACCGCGUGCGUGACGGCGUCUGUGCUGAGCGACAUUCAGCUGAGGCCGCAGCAGAGGGCCAAGGUGCUGGAGAAAUGGAUCUGCAUAGCACAGCACUGCCGGUUCCUGCGUAACUUCUCGUCUCUGAGAGCGAUUUUGUCGGCUCUGCAGUCCAACUCAAUCUACAGGCUGAAGAGAUCGUGGGGAUCAGUGAGCAGGGAUAAUCUGAACGUCUUCCAUAAAUUAUCCGCCAUCUUCUCCGACGACAACAACCACGAAAUGAGCAGAGAAAUCCUGACCAAGGACGAGAUUCCCCUCCGCAGGACAAACAGCGCGCGGAAUGAGCCACGUCCGCUCCAGCGCUCGGCGUCCCAGGUCCGCUCAACGAGGCAGGCUCAGGGCACGGUCCCUUACCUCGGGACGUUUCUCACCGAUCUCAUCAUGCUGGACACGGCGUUACCGGAUUUCAUCGAGGGAGGGCUCAUAAACUUUGACAAGAGAAGGAAGGAGUAUGAGGUUUUGGCUAAGAUCCAGAAACUGCAGCUGACCUGCCGCCACUACGUCCUGACGCCAAAGCCCGACAUCCUGCAGGCGUUCUACACCCAUCGGCAGCUGACGGAGGAACAGAGUUACCGCAUCUCCCGCACCAUCGAGCCUCCCGCAGACUCGUGUCCCAACUCCCCCCGGAUCCGGAGGAAACUGACGAAGAGGUUCAGCUCAUUGUUGCUCGGCUCCGAAGUUUUCGGCACCAAGAUGAAUGGGGAUCGGCUGUCCCCCUCGGGGUCCUGCAGCAGCUGUGAGAUGGACGAGGGUCUCAUCGCGGCACUGUGCCCACCCGAAUCUACUGCCAGCAAGAAUACGCCAGAACCUCUGACCCCGCCAGCUACCCUCCUGCGCGAUGAUUUAUCUCGCUCUGCUUCAUCUCCCCGCUCCCCCAGCUCUCCCUCCUGCUCCCUGCCCGUCUAUAACCAGCAGAUUUCCGAUCUCUGUAUUAUCCGAGUCAGCAUGGAGAACACUCACGGCAAUCUAUAUAAGAGCAUAUUGCUCACCAGCCAAGACAAGUCCCGUGUCGUAAUACAAAGAGCUUUGCAUAAGCACAAUAUAGAGUCGUGGAGACCGGAUGAUUUCCAGCUGGUGCAGUUGUUAUCAGAGGGUAGAGAACUGACCAUCCCGGACUCGGCCAACGUCUAUUACGCCAUGAAUACUUCGGCCAACUUUGACUUUGUUUUAAGACGAAGAGUGAAGGACAGCUGAUAUCCGCCGGCAGCGUCCUCGGCUCCGGGAUCCCCCUGCGCAUGCCCUGUCCAACAGCGAAGCUGCCUCUUAAACCCUUUUUAGUAAUAAGGAAGAUCGCCAAUACCUCGUAAAACCACCCAGAACAUCUCCAAUUCCCUCCAAAGUUGACCAACGUCCACAUUUACGUACCAAAGUGGAGCUUUACAUUUAUUGGUCAGAAAAAAAAAGACAUUUAUCUCUGUCCACUAAAUGUCCUUUUUUGAUAGAUGCAUUUUGAUGUCUUCUGUAUGUUCUACUAACAUUUUUAUGUUGAU